GAAGAAAAUUAAUAGAAAAACUAUUGGUCAAAUCCGACAAUGGAUUGACCAUAGUGUCUUCCACCAUGUUGCACAAGAAACCGAUGCUUAUGCCCUUUGGAAAAAGUUAGAAGAUAUGUACCAGGCCAAGACCGCUAGGAACAAGGCCCUACUGAUGAGGCGUCUUGUCAAUAUGAAGCUCAAAAGUGGAACUUCUGUUGCCGAACAUACUAGUCAAUUUCAGAGUCUGGUAAAUCAACUAUCUUGUGUACAAAUGCCACUUGGAGAUGAAAUGCAAUCUCUACUGCUUCUUAGUUCCCUUCCUGAUAGUUGGGAGACACUAGUUGUUACUCUCAGCAACUCAGCCCCAGAUGGCAAACUUACCAUGUCUGUGGUCAAGGAUGCACUGUUCAAUGAGGAGGCAAGAAGGAAAGACAUGAGCACAGAUGAGACUCAUGCCCUUGUGACAGAGAAUAGAGGAAGAUCACAAGGAAAACAACAAAGAAACAGUAGAGGGAAAUGGCAAAGCAGGGGCAAAAGUCGGGGGAGAUCAUCAGAUGGCCGGAAACCUUCUUAUACUUGCCACCAUUGCGGUAUAGAGGGUCACAUGAAGAAGAAUUGCUACAAAUUGCUAGAGGAGCGAGGCAAGAGCAAUUCUCAAGUGAAGAGCAAGGGUGGUGAAGCGCUCAUCACAAUCUCAGGUGAUGUGGCGUAUUGUACUAUCAAUGAUGAAACAUGCCUUCACGUCUCAAGAGAGGACACUGAAUGGGUGGUAGAUACUGCAGCAUCCUACCAUGUUACUCCCCACAGGUACUACUUCACAACUUACAAAGCUGGAGACUUUGGAGCAGUGAAGAUGGGCAAUUCCAGUUCAUCUGAAAUAGCUGGAAUUGGUGAUGUACAAAUAAAGACGAGUUCUGGGAGCAUAAUCACUUUGAAAGAUGUCAGACAUGUUCCAGACCUUCGUCUCAAUCUCCUGUCAGUGGUAUGUCUUGACGAACAGGGGUAUGAAAACCACUUUAACAGGGGCACCUGGAAAAUGUCAAAGGGCGUUUUGACAAUCGCUCGAGGACAUGUUUGUGGCACAUUGUACAAAACCCAUUUGAGGAUUUGUACGGAUAGCCUGAACAUUGCUGAGGAGACUUCUCAGAAUCUGUGGCACCUGAGACUCGGCCACAUCGGUGAGAAAGGGCUGACUACCUUGAUCAAGAAGAACCUUAUCAACAUCGACAAGAAUGCUGCACUGGGUCCUUGCAGUCAUUGUCUGUUUGGUAAGCAUCAUAGAGUAUCAUUUAGUUCUACUUCCGCUAAAAGAUCAGAGUUGUUAAGUUUGGUACACUCCGACGUCUGUGGUCCUUUCGAGGUGGAAUCAAUCGGUGGAAGCAGAUAUUUUCUGACUUUUAUUGAUGAUGCUUCUCGGAAAGUGUGGGUGUAUUUCCUGAUUACGAAAGAUCAGGUAUUUGAGUGCUUCAAGACAUUUCACGUCUUGGUGGAACGUGAAACGGGAAAGAAGCUGAAAUGUCUCCGAUCUGAUAAUGGAGGCGAGUAUACUUCUAAGGCGUUCGAUGCAUAUUGUAGAGAAUAUGGCAUUCGACAUGAGAAGACAGUACCACGCACCCCUCAGCACAACGGCGUUGCUGAAAGAAUGAACCGGACUAUCAUGGAGCGUGUCCGGAGCAUGCUGAAUAUGGCUAAGCUUCCGAAGUCAUUCUGGGCAGAAGCAGUCAACACCACAUGCUAUCUUAUCAACCGAUCACCUUCAGUACCACUGAACUUUGAAGUUCCAGAGAGGCUAUGGACAGGUAAGGAUCCUACAUACUCACAUCUUAGAGUAUUUGGUUGUUCAUCAUAUGCACAUGUAUCCAAAGAGCUCAGGCAGAAGCUCGAUGCAAGAACUAUCCCAUGCAUUUUCGUUGGCUAUGGAAAUGAAGAGUUUGGAUACAGGCUAUGGGAUCCUAAGGAGAAAAAGGUGUUCAGAAGUAGGGAUGUUGUGUUCCACGAAGAUUUGACAAUAGAAGACAUUGAAAACCCCACAAUGUCUCGGAAGUCAAAUGAGGGUGUUCAAGUUUCAAAUGAAGCACCAGAAGAGGACAAAGUGCAUGAAGAUAACUCAGAAGCAGAAGAGGAGGAGACAGAAGAGAGUGCAGAGCAAGGGGAGACACAAUCCACCCCGCCAGACACAGAUGAUGGUAGCUCUUCUCAGAUGGUUCCUACUGUUCGUAGAUCUGAACGAGGGCAUAUACCAUCGACAAGGUACACAUCAUCUGAAUAUCUUUUGUUAACUGAAGAUGGAGAACCAGAGAGUUUUCAAGAAGCUGUAUCUCAUAAGGAUAAAGAAAAAUGGCUAAUAGCAAUGCAGGAUGAGUUAGAAUCUCUGCAGAAAAAUCAAACUUAUGAGAUCGUAGAACUUCCUAAAGGGAAGAAGGCACUGAGGAACAAAUGGGUGUUCAAGCUGAAGAAGGAUGCAAACGGACAAGUGGUGAAACACAAAGCUCGGUUGGUUGUCAAAGGGUUCCAGCAGAAGAAAGGAAUUGACUUUGAUGAGAUCUUUGCACCAGUUGUCAAGAUGACCUCAAUCCGAGUUAUACUUGGCUUAGCAGCAAGUAUGAACUUGGAGCUUGAACAGAUGGAUGUGAAGACAGCAUUUCUUCACGGAGAUUUGAAAGAAGAAAUCUAUAUGCAGCAGCCGGAAGGUUUUGAGAACUCAAAUGAUAAUUUUGUGUGUAAAUUAUCUAAGAGUUUGUAUGGCUUGAAGCAGGCACCAAGGCAGUGGAAUAAGAAGUUUGACUCAUGCAUGAAGAGUCAAGGCUACAAGAAGACUACUGCAGAUGAGUGUGUAUACAUCAAGAAACUUCCAGACGGUACCUUCAUUGCUCUUCUACUAUAUGUAGACGACAUGUUGAUCGUUGGGAAAGAUGCAGUGAAGAUAAACCAACUGAAGAAAGAACUCUCUAAGUCUUUUGAUAUGAAGGACUUAGGACCGGCUCAACAGAUUCUUGGGAUGCAGAUCACUCGAGACAGGAAGAAUCGCAAGUUAUGGCUAUCUCAGGAGAAGUACAUUGAACGAGUACUUGAGAGAUUCAACAUGAAUGAUGCCAAGCCAGUAAGUGUUCCACUUGCGAAUCACUUCAAGUUGAGCAAAAGAACAUGCCCUACAUCCAAGGAAGAGAUCGGGGAGAUGUCAACAGUUCCAUAUUCUUCAGCAGUUGGGAGUUUGAUGUACGCCAUGGUAUGCACAAGGCCAGACAUCGCACAGGCAGUGGGUACAGUGAGUCGUUUUCUCUCUAACCCCGGGAAGGAGCAUUGGGAGGCAGUCAAAUGGAUUCUCAGGUACUUGAAAGGUACCACGAAGUUAUGCCUUUGUUACGGAGGAGCUGAUCCAGUCUUGGAAGGCUACACAGAUGCUGAUAUGGCCGGAGAUACUGAUAGUAGAAAGUCUACUUCAGGAUAUAUUUACACUUUUGCAGGGGGAGCCGUUUCUUGGCAAUCAAGAUUGCAGAAGUGUGUCGCUUUAUCUACAACAGAAGCAGAAUACAUUGCUGCCGCUGAAGCAGGUAAGGAAAUGUUGUGGCUAAAGCGUUUUCUCCAAGAACUUGGGAUCCAGCAGAAAGAGUACAAGGUACAUUGUGACAGUCAGAGUGCUUUAGACUUAAGCAAGAACUCCAUGUACCAUUCUCGUACAAAGCAUAUUGAUGUUCGGUAUCACUGGAUACGAGAGACGAUUGAUCAACAACUGUUGAGACUAGUGAAGAUCAAUACAAAGGAGAAUCCAUCAGACAUGCUGACGAAGGUGGUGACACGGGAUAAGCUAGAGCUGUGCAGAGACAUAGUCGGGAUGCUUGUUUUGAAUAUGCCUGGAAGGGGAGAAUUGAAGAAUUCAAUUUCCAGGUCAUAUCCAAGUACAAGCAAAUUGAAGAAUCCAAUUCCUAAUUUCCCUGAAGUUUCCUCCAUGUGCAAGAAUGACAAAGGGAGCUUCCAUACACCUAGGAGUGACCUUCCUUCCAACCACCAUUGAAGCUUCCUUCCACCUUCAUAGUACCUAGUUUUGGUGCUAUAAAU